AUGGUACAGUCAGUGGGCAACAUGGCACUGAGGAGACUUGGUAAAUGUUGUCGGUCGUUACUGAAUGAAUCCCACAAAGGAGCGUUUUGUGGUGUUUUACGGCCAGGCUGGAUUGAAAGCUGCAUAGGAGCUAAAAGGCACCUGUUGUCAGACGAUGUUAUCAAACUGCAAGAAUUCCAACUGAAGAAGCUGUCAGUGGCUCACCUUGCCGUUGGACCCAAAGGAAAGUAUAUUGAUGUCUUUAGUCAGAAGCUACAACGGAAUGAGCUGAUUCUACGAGAUGAACUGAAGCUUCUCCUCCACCUGUGCCAGUCUUCAGAUGACAUGCUGGUAGUCAAAGAUGGCAUCUACAGGUAUUACGCAGAGAACCAUAACAUAAUGCACGGAGACUUCAGGUUUGGUCCUCUGUUCAUGAGGCUGUGCUAUGAGUUGGGUCUGGAGGGCUUGGCUGCUGUCAUGAUUACAGAUAAGAAUCUGACAGGAUUUUUCCCCGACUCAACCUCCUUUAACAUUGCCAUAGAUAUGUUAUUCAUGAAAGGCUCGUAUGAAAGUGCUCUGGAGGUACUAAGAACCAUGAAGAACCAAGGCAUACCAUUCAACAAAGACACACUGAUACUGGCGACUGGUACCUGCUACAAGCUGGACACAGCGGAGUCCUUCAAUAUCUGCAAUGCUCUGUUAGAGCACGAGAAGGAAAAAAGGACCUUAAUCCCCCGGCAUGCUUAUUGCUUUGCUGUCGCAUUAGCACUUCGGCGGAAUGAUCUAGAAACGGCACAGUCGUUCUAUUCGCAAAUUAUGAACACGGACGGCAGAUUGUGCCAAAAUUUAGAGGUUCUACUUCUCGCGAUGUCAGGAGAAAUGACACAAGCCAUUUCCAUCCUGUCAGCAGCUUUGUUGCCUAAAAGCCCUUACUUUGUAAAAAAGCUUGAAUUUUCAGUGGAGGUGGUGAAUUUGCUUCGUCUGCGGAGUGAGCAGAGACCAUACAUGAUGGAAGUGGAGCAGACAGUGACUCAGCUUGAAGAAGCCGGCCAGGUGACUGAGCAGACCCUCGAUGACAUGCUGUGCCGAACGCCCACAGGGAAGAGGAAACAAGGGGUGAUAAUGAAGGAGAAGAUAAUCAGUAAAAGGACUCUAAAGCCUCUGAAGUACCAUCUGCUGUCAGACUGAAGCCAGAGUU